AUGAAGAUUUCAAAUACUUUCACCCAGGCCUUGGGAAUCUGGUUGUCAAUCAGCGGCACAGUUCAUGCCAAGGGACAGUCUCGAGACGAGGCGUGCCACCCGCACCAUGCGUUCAAGCCCCUUCCGGCCAGCCAUGCCAGAACUCGCACGUGUCAUGUAGCCAACCACGGCAAUGGACUCGACGACUCAGCCAAUGUUCUUUCCGCAUUGAAGAAAUGCAACAACGGAGGAAAGGUCGUCUUUGAUGCCGGAAAGACAUAUACAAUUGGAAAGGCACUUGACAUGACCUUCUUGAAGCAUGUGGAUCUUGAAAUCCAAGGCCAUGUCCAAUUUAGCGACGACACAGAUUAUUGGCAAAAGAAUGCAUUCAGUCAUGUCUACCAAAACGCCACAACCUUCUUCCAGAUCGGUGGUGAAGAUGUCAAUGUCUAUGGUGACGGCACUUUGGAUGGUAAUGGUCAAGUCUGGUAUGAUUUAUAUGCGAAAGACCCCCUCAUCCUGCGUCCAAUUUUGGUGGGUAUAAUUGGGCUAAACGGUGGUACCAUUGGACCUCUCAACCUUCGUUAUUCGCCUCAGUGGUAUCACUUUGUGGCGAACUCAUCCAACAUUCUCUUCGACGGAAUCGAUAUUAGCGGGUAUAGCAGCAGUAAGAAUGUGGCUAAGAACACUGAUGGAUGGGACCUCUAUCGUUCCACCAAUGUUGUUAUCCAGAAUUCCGUGAUCAAUAAUGGAGACGAUUGCGUCUCGUUCAAGCCCAAUGUUACCGACAUUCUAGUUCAGAACCUUCAUUGUAACGGCUCCCACGGUAUCUCCGUUGGAUCCCUGGGCCAGUACCCCGGCGAGGUUGAUAUUGUGCAGAAUGUGCUUGUGUCCAAUAUCUCCAUGUUCAACGCAUCGGAUGGUGCCCGUAUCAAAGUGUGGCCUGGGGCUUCCGCUGAGUUGUCUACCGAUCUCCAGGGCGGCGGUGGAUCCGGCCUGGUGAAGAACAUUACCUACGAUGGCAUGACAAUUGACAAUGUCGACUACGCUAUCGAAGUGACCCAAUGCUAUGGCCAGAAGAAUUUGACUCUCUGCAACGAGUUCCCGAGCAAACUUGUCAUUGAAGAUGUUGUUUUCAAGAAUAUCAAGGGCUCCACCUCUGGUAAACGUGACCCUUAUGUGGGAAUGAUUGUCUGCUCGAGUCCCGACGUUUGCUCAAAUAUCCAUGCUAGUAACAUUGAUGUUCUUAGCCCUGAUGGGGAUGACCAGUUCACGUGCACAAAUGUUGAUGAAAAAUUGCUCGAUGUGAAGUAUCUUCACUUCAAUUACAAACCACCGUCAGAUAUGACACCCGAAGAGUUAGAUAAUAUCGGCCCAACCAAUGGAAUGGAAUGGGCCGUCUUCGUUCCAAAUUGCAAUAACACCUACCCAUACAUCACUCCAACCGGAACCGAGCUUGUCGGAAAAUCCAUCUUCAUCACGGGCGCAUCAAGAGGAAUUGGCCGAGCAACAGCCAUCCGCUGUGUGAAGGCCGGAGUCUCAAGAAUUGCAAUCGCAGCGCGCUCAUCACUCGAUGAAGUCGUGAAAGAGCUCAAAGCGGAAGCCGGAAACUCAAACCUUCCCGAGCCACAGAUUCUCGCAUUAGAGGUCGAUGUCACAUCAAAGGAAUCAGUCGAAGCAGCCGCAAAAGCCGUAAAUGACUCGUUUGAUGAAAAAUUGGAUAUCCUUGUAAACAAUGCUGGAUAUUUACCGGAUAUGACCCGCGUCAUGGACUCCGACCCGGAUGAUUGGAUGAAAGGGUGGGAUGUCAACAUUAAGGGUCCAUACCUAUGUUGCCGGUAUCUGUUGCCAAUGAUAUUGAAAUCCGACACGAAGACAAUUGUCAAUUUGACGUCGAUUGGGGCUCAUUUGCUUACAAAUGGUGGAUCUGCGUAUCAGAAUUCGCGAUUUGCGAUCUGUCGCUUUACUGAAAGCCUUGCCCGUGAGCAUAGAGAUGAAGGGCUGAUUGUGUUGGCUCUUCAUCCUGGGGCUGUAAGGACGGAUAUGGCAGACAAACUAAAGAAUAUCUUCCCCGAUAUCUUCAUUGAUGAAGCGGAGCUUCCGGCGGAUACCAUUGUCUGGCUUGGGAAAGAGCGACGUGAGUGGUUGAAUGCUCGGAUGCUUAGUUCAAAUUGGAACAUGGAGGAGUUGGAGAAGAGGAAGGGUGAGGUUGUUGAAAAGGAUUUGUUCAAAUUCCGGAUUACUCUAUAG